UAUACCUACCUGCUGACGGGGAUCUCAUGGGUAUUGGGUACGAAAAGUAGGUACUUACCGUCGAAGGCCAGAAUACGGCGUACCUACCUACUAUUUUUCUGCCAUGUUUGUUGUUUGUUAUUUGGUUAUGCCCAAAAUUCGACCCAUUUUUACCAUUUAACACUCAAGUUGGACUUGCGCUGUGACUGGAAACUCCGAAAAAACCAUCAAUGAUCAAUGUGUUGAUUAGUGAAAUCAAAAGCUGCAAUAAAAUAAGUGAAACUACGAUGUGAUAGUUGUGACCCACAUCGUUUUAAAGACCAAACAGUACAUGUGUGAAUGUUCCCAAGAUUAGGUACCAAGAUCGCUUUCGAGAUGGUGUCUUAAGUUUUUUUAGGUGAAAAUGUCAAGCAAUAAGAAGACGUUGGUUAAUAAAGCGAGCGGGGAGUCCACCGUUCUGCCACCCAGGUAUCAACCACCGCCUAUGCCUAACGGGCCAGGAAUUUUGAAAAAUUCGCCCACUGAGUCCCAAAAGAAAACCCAAAAAGGUACUGAGAAUGUUAAAACUCUUUUAUAUCCAAAUGACCAAGUGAAACUGUAUCCAAAUCACAAUCAACAAGUGAGACUGCAGUAUCCACCACAUCCUCGACAUCUCUCGGAAGAAGUCCGAACAACACAACUCCAGAUCCACCACCAAGAAAACCCGCCAAGACCACGCUUACCUGAAGAAUCAGGCAUUCCUCAAAUUCACCUCGAUCUACGGGCUCCUCAGCAACGCCAACCUAUUCGCUACGAAGACGAAUUUCUCAGACCGGAGAUGUUAAAAUUUGCCAGAAAACCAGAAGAUCCUAGGUUUAUCGAUCCCAAUAGGCAGUUUCAAGGCAUUUUAUUGGAACUGCGGUCGCUGAAGGAAGCCAAUCAACAUUUAGCUGAUGAUAAUCAGGAGCUGAGAGAUCUGUGCUGUUUUCUUGAUGACGAUCGCCAAAAGGGUCGGAAACUAGCUCGAGAAUGGCAACGUUUCGGUCGUUAUACAGCCAGCGUAAUGCGUCAAGAAGUCUCGGCAUACCAAACGAAACUCCGAGAAUUGGACAACAAGCAGCAAGAAUUGAUCAAGGACAACUUGGAACUAAAAGAAUUGUGUCUGUAUUUGGACGAAGAACGUGCCAAUGGUGCUUUGUGUCCGAACUGCGGCAAUACCGCAGGUGGUAACCUGAGGGACGAUGGCGAUGGUUCCAGUUCGAGUACUAACGCAGACGAACCAGCGGUGCCCCAACAGUUUAAUAACGGAGGUAACCCGCAACGGAGAUCAGAGAGUCGGGAAAGGAUUUUACAUGAGAAUUUAGCGAGGCAACGAAGUACCUUUAAUGAUCAAAUAAUGCAGUAUGUCCGAAGUCUUGAACAACGGGUUAAGCAGCUAGAAGAUGACAAAAGAGCAUUAACGCAUAAGAUCAACCAAAUAGCUACAACAACAGGAGAUUCAAGUCUGGCAGCGCCACAAGAGGCGGGAGUUGGAAUGUUGACAGGUCGACCUGAAGCGGUGGUACGUGCCCUCCAAGUUCUCGAGGUAAGAGAACAGUUGGAAAGGGAGAGUCACGAAUUGGGAGGCGAAAAUAUGUCAGAUACUACAUCACAAGAUAUGGACGAUGGAGAAAAGGCGCUUGUCAGGGAAAUGUGCAAUGUGGUUUGGCGAAAAUUGGAAGAUCCUAAUGAAACUAGAAGAUGAUCUUCAAAUAUGAAUACAACACAACGAAUAUAUCUUGCCAACAAUAUGGUAUGUUUCUACGUUUGAUAAAUCAUAUAUUAAUUUAAUUUUUAUAAGUAAAGAUAUAAUUAUG